GGUCGAUGAACUUCUGCACAUGUGCAGCUCAGCAGUGGAUGGUGCUCCCCGCGACCACCCAUGGGAAGUCCAGACCUACAUUCACUUCCAGGACAGUCAAGGCGUUACCGUGGUGAUCAAGCCGGACCACAGGGUGGAAGACAUUUUGACGUUGGCAUGCAAGAUGAGGCAGGUGGAACCCAGCCACUAUGGCCUGCAGCUUCGAAAGCUGGUGGAUGAAAACAUCGAGUACUGCAUUCCCGCCCCCUAUGAAUACCUGCAAGAACAGGUUUAUGACGAAAUAGAAGUCUUUCCGCUGAAUGUGUAUGACGUGCAGCUCACGAAGACGGGGAGUGUGUCUGACUUCGGGUUUGCCGUGACCGCCCAGGUGGAUGAGCACCAGCAUCUCAGCCGGAUCUUCAUCAGCGACGUCCUCCCCGGCGGCCUGGCGUAUGGAGAAGGCACCAAGGGAACCCUGUGCACUUCCUGGUCGGACAGUGACCUCUUCUCCAGGGACCAGAAGGGCCUGCUCCCCCCUCCUAACCAGUCCCAGCUUCUGGAGGAGUUCCUGGACAACUUCAAAAAGAACACGGCCAAUG